GUCAUUGCAGGGUUAAGCCCAGCGUACAGCAGGAGGUGAUAUCCUCAGCCUGUCAGAGCAGUGCAAAUAGGAGCCGUGCAUAUGAGAGAGAGCGGUGCAUAUGAGAGAGAGCGGUGCAUAGAAGAGAGAGCGGUGCAAUGUAUGCAUCAGCCUUUUAGUUCAGGGCUAAGAACAGUGUAAAGCACUGGGCAGACUGUAAUCUUAGGCUUAAGCACCGAGUACAUUAGUGUUUUCUCCCUGGUCUCCAGGCAACGCUGACAUUUCAGGGGAACGUCAGAUCCGGGAGAGACUGAGAUGCAGUAAGAGACACCUGUGACUGCUGACACCAGCCUAGGGCAACUUGGGAAGAGCAUUGGGUGAAGGCUUUUGUCAUGUGCGGAUCUCCCAUGAGAAGACAACGCUCCCCAGAGGGUACUCCCAAGAUACCCUAGCACCUCCUCCAGCCUUUGGGCAAUGAAUUCAGAGUCGGGACCUGUUCACCGCUCCCCAGGGGGCUCCAUAAGCCAGUCUUUUAGGGGUUCCAUUCAUUCCUCAUCUUCUGGCUCCAUCAGCUCAGAUGCCGGACGUGUUUUAUCUAUGAACGUCCGCAGGCUGCACGGAGCCCUAAAUCGACUCUUAACUGACCCGGAAAGGGAGCAACUUUUGCACUGCUUACGCCUCUACCACUCCCGCAGGAACGUGUGCGACCUGGUAAGGACCUUGCGCCUUAUACUGCGACCCCAAGACCAGAGGCAACUUUUUCCCAUGCUGCGCCUGGUCAUCCCACGUUCUGACCAGCUUUUAUUUGACCAGUAUACCUCUGAGGGGCUCUACCUAAAGGAUAUUCCUCUGGGGUCUUCUGGUUACAAUAAUGCGCUUUCUGACAAAGUGUUGGGAUUCAGCACCCAACUCCAAGGCACAGCUCCUCUGUUCAGUACAUCUGUACCAGGAACAGCUCCAGGAUUCAGCAACUCAGUACCAGGGACAGCUCCAGCCUUCAGCAACUCAGUACCAGGGACAGCUCCAGCCUUCAGCACUCCUGUACCUGGAACUGCACCUGCCUUUAGCCCUUCUAUAACUGGAAUCCCAUCUUCCUUUAGUUCCCCAGUACUUCGGACACCUUUAAUGCCCAAAGCCCCUUAUCCAGUGGCUCCUCCAGGAUUUAGCAACUCACCACCCAAAGCAAACCCUACAGAGAUCCGCCAGGUGACUCUAAAAAGGAACCGAAACCAGGAAGGUCUGGGUUUCAGUAUCCGCGGGGGUGUGGAGCAUGGGACUGGCAUCUAUGUGUCAUUGGUAGAACCUGGUUCUCUGGCAGAACAAGAAGGACUGAAAGUUGGGGAUCAGAUCCUUAAAGCGAAUGGCCGGCCGUUGGAUAGAGUGACCCAUGCAGAGGCAGUGAAGGCUUUGAGGGGCUCACAGAAGCUGGUUAUUUCUGUGCUAUCAUCAGGCCGGAUCCCCGGGGGACACAUAUCCAGUCACAUUUACACUUGGGUGGACCCACAUGGCCGGAGUGUUUCCCCACCCAGGGGACCCCCACAUCUCCAAAGCCCCUUACUGGGUGGUACGGAGCAGGAGAAAAGGAGUCACCUUCAGCUACUCCAGGAAGGUGAUGAGAAGAAGGUGAAUCUGGUGCUUGGAGAAGGGAGCUCCCUUGGGUUGUUAAUCCGAGGUGGGUCCGAAUAUUCCCUGGGCAUUUAUAUCACUGGGGUGGAUAAAGGAUCAGAGGCUGAGAGCGCUGGGCUAAAGGUAGGGGACCAGAUCCUGGAUAUCAAUGGCCGCAAUUUCCUUUCUAUCCCACACGAUGAGGCUGUCCGAAUUCUUCGCUCCUCGCACCACCUUAUGAUGACUGUUAGAGAUGUGGGUCGUAUCCCACACGCUCGUACUAUUGUGGAUGAAACACAGUGGCUCACCAGCUCUUACACAGGAAAUGGAGAUCCCCACCCGGCCCUGGGAACCCUUUCUGAUACUUCAUCCGACAGCCCGGCAAAGCCUGUAUUCUACCGUGGUCCAACAGGGUCACAGGUCACGCUAAGCAGCUUGGGAAACCAGACUCUUGUUCUCUUGGAGGAAAAAGCUCGACUCCUCUUGACGGAGCCUGAGAGAAGCACCAUGUCCUACUACCUUCAGCAGUACAAGGAUCAUCACAUCUCAGUCCAGGCCCUGAUAAUGGCCAUGUUUGAACUGCUGAACACUCAGGCAAAGUUUUCACUCCUGUCUGAGCUGCGCUCCCAGAUUUUGCCACAGGACCUGUUUGUAUUUGAUAAUCUGGUGCUGAAAAGAGAGAUUGAGUCAAUGAAAUCCCAUCAGCGAUCUGGAGAUACACUUUCCGUCCUGUCCCAGACACUUAGCACCUCAUCCUCAGAGAGUCGCCAAACUGUCAGUACGGCAAGCACCGCAAGGGAGCGUCUCCUCUGGCUGCUGGAUGUCAUGGAGAAUGGAGCAGACCCUGAAGGGAGUUCCGACUCCAGGAGCCUCACUCAAAACACACUGCCUGAUAUCUCUCUGGAUGAUGUCAACUCCAUUCUUGAAGAACCCCCCAAUUUUCAAUCGGCUCCCCUGCAAUCCACAGUAGAACAUGCUCCGCAAAUGAGGCGGCAGGGUAGGGAGCUUGCACAACGCCCCUCUUCAGGAUCAUCCCAAUCUGGCCUUUUUUUUACAGUUCCCCCCACUAACCCGAGCCCUCCUCUUCCCCCUCUGACCAGUCCUCCUGCGUCGCCAUCAAGAGAAAACUCAAACCAAGCCAUCUACUCCAAUCAUUCCUCCUCCAAUCAUUCCUCCAAAAUGACACCCGCCUCUCUCCCUCCUGCUCAUCUGGCUCUAGUUACACAGCAUCCACUAACCCCUUUCCCAAGAGUCCAGUCCCCAACAAAAUUAAAGGUCAUGGGGGAUAUCCCCAGUCAUCCACCUUCACCUACAAAUGGAGAAACUUCAGACAACAAUAGUCAACAUUUUGUGAUGGUUGAAGUUCAUCGCCCCAACAGUGAACCAGAUGUGAAUGAAAUUCGGGCUGUUCCCCAGACAAGAGCAGUCCUGCCCCUCUCCCCUCCAGCCUCCCUCUCCCAACUUUCGGACAGCGGGCAGACCCUGAGUGAGGACAGUGGAGUUGAUGCAGGUGAUGUUGGCGCUGGAAGCAAAAACAGCAGUCCACAGCCUCAAAAAACAAAAGGCCUGGAGGGAUUGCAAAAACCGCCAGGUCUGCUGGAGUCUACAGCUACAUUAGUGAGAGUGAAGAAAACGGCACCAAGUCUGGGAAUAGCUAUUGAAGGGGGAGCCAAAACACGUCAGCCACUUCCACGUAUAGUAACUAUUCAGCGAGGAGGUUCUGCGCACAACUGCAGCAAGCUGAAGGUAGGCCAGGUGAUCCUAGAAGUAAAUGGGAUCUCUAUGCAGGGUAAGGAGCAUCGGGAAGCAGCCAGGAUCAUCGCAGAGGCCUUCAAGACCAAAGAAAAGGACUACAUGGACUUCUUGGUCACAGAAUUUAAUGUCUCGCUAUAGUAUUUCAUUGUGGCACCAAGACUGAAUGUGACCUAGCAGAAGAGACCGGUGCCACGUGCUUCUGUGUAUAACGUGUAGGUGCCAUCUGUGUGCUUAAGCUACAUACGUGGUCCCGUAGUCCAACAUGUGGCUUUAGUAGAAUCCCAUCCACAGAAGCGGUGAUACCAAGAGCAGGGGUUAAAGACAGACAGGCAAUGGGGGGCAGAUUAACAGAAAAUAUUAUAAGCAGGUAGACAAAGCAAAGACUAGAAAGUCCUGUAGUAGAAGAAGUCAUACUAGUUGGGCAAAGCAGGAUAGAGAGAGAGGUUGCUGCCCAGAGAUAGAGAAGCAGAUUGCUCUUUAAAGGACAUGACAUUAAUACAGCAUUAGGUAGGUAGAUAGCAACUGCCAGUUAUUCUACGUGUGGAUACUACACUGUAUUAAAACCUCAUUAACACCUUACUGUUCUGUGCCUGCUCUUCUCGGAACCGUAUUUAGCCUCGCUGGGGAGAAAAGACCCCCUUCACCUCACCUCCUCCACAUUCUGCUCGAGUGUGUGUGACUGAUGUGCCGCCCACGCUGUGAUCAUCAGAAUAAAAGCCGUGUAAUUACAGAGACUGUCACUUUACUUUUUCAAUAAACCUCACGUGAGAGA